AUGACAGGUGAACAUCAUACUUGGCAACUCACAUCUGGCGAAACUACAGCGAGGAAUUCGCGGGAAUUGGAGAUUGGACAUCACGGGGCAUACGACCGUCACGAGGAGAGAAACGUUAAAAGAGGAAUUCCAAAAAUUGUGAUUCCGCACGAGAACGAAACGGGAAUUUACACGUUGGAUACGAAAUCGGAACAGAGGAAAUUGGAUGCGAGUAAAGUUCGGAUGGGAGAGGGAAAGGUUGAUACGGAAGUGAAGGAAUCAAGAAAUUUUGAAUCGAGAAAUAUUCAAUCGGAGACUGGAAGGUUGGAAGUUCCAAAACUUCAAACCGUACCUCAAAAUCACAACUCACAAACAGCACCAAGAACAUUUGGAUCUUUCUUCGCUAUUCAUUCUCCAAUUGCUACUAGACCUCUCAAAUCACUUCUUCCAUCACGUGGACACAGAGAGAAGACUCUUCCAAGAAGUAUGAGAGGAAGUUUUUUCAAUUCGCAUCCUUCGCGAGAAGAGAUGGGUAAGAAGCCUCGAUCUCUCAAGAGUUUCAUGGGCGAUGAAUGGUAUGAUCGAGUGAUGCGAUGCUUAUCACCAAUUCUCGCCCUCUUGCCACCACUCAAUUUCAUCACCAUUCAUUAUACCUAUUUCAUCAUAACCCUCCUCAUCACUUCUCUAAUAUUCUGGGGUUCGUCGAAUCCUUCCAAAUCAAUAUCAUAUGUUGAUUCGUUAUUUUUGGUCACAUCGGCCAUGACGGAAGCGGGUCUUAAUACGGUGAAUUUGAGUACGAUGACGACGUUCCAGCAGGUUAUUCUUUGGCUGUUGAUUGUAGUUGGGAGUGCGAUUUUUGUCAGUGUGGCGACUGUGAGGACAAGGAAAAGAGCUUUUGAAGUUAGGUUUGGCGAGGUGGUUGGGAGACAUAAGGAAGAGAGGAGGAGAGAAAGAAUAAGGAGUGGAAGUCGAGACGCUAUGGGAAGUAGGAGGGGAGAUGGGAAUGAUCUGAUGGGGGCUAAUUGGAAGUUUCCAUCGACCAGCGGUGGUAAUCGAGGCGAUGAUGCUUUAGAAAUGGAUGAAGGAUUGAAAGUUCAACCAGUUGGAGGUAGAAGUGAUGACAAUUGUAUGACUGCCAUUUCGGAAAUUUCUCCUCAUGGUGGUGUACCAAAAGAUACGGGAGAUCAUAUUACGUUUGCGCCUGAUGCAUAUCCAGUAAAUGGAAAAGGGAAAGCAAAGGAUGUUACAGGCGGGAGUUCAAAUAACGAAACUGCAACACCAGCUCGAUCAACAAAUUUCCAGUUUCCUACAUCUACCUCAGAAAACACAAUCAAGCAUCGCGUUCAAGAAACCAGUACACUCCAACACACCCAGACAGGCCAGCAAGAUCUUGCUCCACUUCAAUAUCCUUCAUACCUAAAUUCCAACACCACAGGCCGCAAUGCACAAUUUCAUGGUCUAUCACGAGCCGAAAGAGAACACUUGGGGGGCGUCGAAUACCGAGCUAUAUCUUUUCUAGCUUGGUUAGUUCCACUAUAUUUCAUUCUCUGGCAAGUGUUAGGAGGAAUUGGAUUGGGUGCUUAUAUGGCUUAUAAUAAAAGUAAUGUUGCGCUUGAAAAUGGAAUCAAUCCAUGGUGGUUGGGAGUUUUCAAUGCGAUUAGUGCAUUUAAUAAUUCAGGAAUGAGUUUAUUGGAUUUGAAUAUGAUACCUUUCCAAACCUCAGUCUAUACCCUCCUAACGAUGGGUCUUCUAAUUCUCGCCGGCAACACAGCAUAUCCUCUCUUCCUCCGUCUGAUUCUCUACACCCUUCUCAAGCUUCUCGAUACAUUCCCCAACUUACUUUCCCCCUUCCAACACCAUAAACCAACACUCCUCUUCAUCCUUCGCUACCCUCGUCGCGUCUAUACUAAUCUAUUUCCCUCUCGUCCCACAUGGUGGCUCCUCUUCAUGGUCAUAACUCUCAAUAGUAUCGAUUGGGUUGCCUUUGAACUUCUCAACAUUGGUAAUUCCGCAACUCAAGUAAUUGAGCCACGCUACCGCGUUCUCGAUGGACUAUUCCAAGCAAUUGCAGUCAGAAGUGGAGGAUUUUAUAUCAUAAGUAUUCCAAGUUUACGUAUUGGACUGCAGUUCUUGUACGUGGUUAUGAUGUAUAUCAGUGUAUAUCCGGUGGUCAUCACAAUGAGACAUAGUAAUGUUUAUGAAGAGCGGAGUUUGGGAAUUUACAGGGGAGAUGUGGAGACGGAUUCCAAUACUACGAGAUGGGGGAGAGGUAUGAAGAGAAUUAGAAAAUCAAUCAGUGGAAGGGAUAUUGGCAUACCUCGUACCGCAUCAUCAAAUUCAAACUUAAAUUCGGCCUCGUCCCCGAAGGAAGAAACUACAGGUACUCAAUUCGUCCGUCACCAAUUGCGCUCCCAACUCUCCCACGAUUUGUGGUGGUUAACACUCGCGACUUUCCUUAUCGUUUGUAUUGAAGGGUCGUCGUUUGAGAGAGAUCCCAUUACGUACUCGGUGUUUAAUGUGAUUUUUGAGGUGGUGAGCGCGUAUGGUUGUGUGGGAAUCUCGACGGGUUUGCCGGAUCAGGAUUAUAGUUUUUCAGGGGGUAUGAAGAAGGCGAGUAAGGUUGUUUUGGUGGCGGUUAUGGUGAGGGGAAGACAUAGGGGGUUGCCGAGGGCGUUGGAUAGGGCGGUUAGGUUGCCGGGCUGGGAAGGGGAGGGGUUGGGUGGUGAGGGGGGUGGAGAGAGGGAGGAGGGGCUGGGGAUGGGGGAGUUUGGGGAGGGGGGGAAGGAAAGAGAUGAUGGGGGGAAGGGGAAGGGGAGGGAGAGAUCUGAGGAGGGGAGGGGAUUGAGAAAGAGAAGAUUUAGUAGAGGGGUGGUGGGGAAUGAGGAAGUUUAA